GGUUUAUGAAAAGGAAUGGCAGGGAAUGGCGGGGGAGCGGCAGGCAGGCAGGGCAGCAAGGACCCCAGUUCGUGUGAACGCCAAAGCCGCCAGGAGAAGGUAAACUGCAAAACGUCCACGGCAAAGCCCCGUGUCACUUCGAAAGCGCGGAUCGGAUCCUGCGUGUCCCGCCGGGACACGCGCCUGCUCCACCAAGUGGAAGUGGCGGGGUGCGCUCCCGCGCCUUGCCGAAAAGUCUGGAGCGAAGUUGGGGGUCUUCGCGCAGGGGGACCGGGGAGCCGCCCACUGGACUCCUCUCAUGGCAACCUGGAACUUCCAAAGAGCCUCGCCAAGUCUGGAGAAGGAAGGGGGCGCGGCAAGAGGGGAAAAGGAAUAAACGCCCGUGUUGAGUAUCCCGGGGAGGGCGGGGCAGGGAAGCAGCAAGAUUGCCUAAUGGUGAGAGAAAAACAAGUGAUCGGGACUGAUGGCUCAAUUAGAGGCAAAAGGGCCGCUUGCCGGGUGACGGCCCCUGCAUUUCUCGCUCGGCGCCCGAUCCAGUCCCGGUCCCCCGUCUAAGCGCUCGAAAUCCCUUCGCGUCCGUGCUGAUCUGAGGGCCUCGCCGCUGGCACACGUGGCCCGGAGCCCGCGAGAACAACGGGGUGCUUUGGAUUCCUUCCAGUUCCGCCUGGCUUGUUUUCUUUGCUUUGCUCCAGGUUUUACUUCUGGUUGCCUGCGAAGGCUUUUCGCUCCUCCCUUUUGAAAUCCUAUAUUAGCUGUGGCCAAAGCAGGGUAAGGAACACAGCUCAUUGUUGGCAAGGGCUGAUGAGAGACUUGCCGAGCGAGGGAAGCCGCGGCUUCGAGUCUGUAUGCCCAGCAGCCAGAAGAAUUGAAUUAAUCGCCACCCGGUCAAGCACAGAGGAGGAACCGGACCGUCGCCUGCUCUAUGCUGGCCGAUUUCUGCUGACUGGGUCCAGCAGCGCGUUGGGAGCGAAGGAAGAAAGCGAGGGAUAGCUUGAGGCUGGAAAUGGCAGAGCACAUGAUGGCCAUGAACCACGGGCGCUUCCCGGAUGGAACCACUGGGCUUCACCACCACCCGGCGCAUCGCAUGGGAAUGGGGCCCUUUCCAACCCAUCACCACCAGCAGCAGCAGCCUCACGCCUUCAGUGCCUUGAUGAGCGACCAUCUCCAUUACGGAGGAGGAAAUAUGAACACAAACAGUGGGAUCAGGCAUGCCAUGGGGCCAGGGAAUGUGAACGGGGGACACCCUGCUGGCAGCAUGCCGCCGACAGCGAGGUUUAAUAAUUCCCAGUUCAUGGCACCGACGGUGGCCCCUCAAGGCGGGCCCUUAACAGCCAGCAUGCAGUUGCAGAAGCUGAACAACCAGUACUUCAGUCACCAUCCUUACCCUCACAACCACUACAUGCCGGAUUUACUUCCUGCCAACCAUCAGCUCAACGGAGCAACCCAGCAUUUUCGGGACUGCAACCCCAAGCACAGCAGCAGUGGGGCUGGCGGGGGAAACGGCAGUGUGCCUGCUUCCGUGCCCCACGUCCCCGCAGCCAUGUUGCCUCCCAAUGUCAUUGACACGGACUUCAUCGAUGAGGAGGUCCUGAUGUCCUUAGUCGUAGAAAUGGGCUUGGAUCGCAUCAAGGAGCUUCCCGAGCUUUGGCUGGGACAGAAUGAGUUUGAUUUCAUGACAGACUUCGUUUGCAAACAGCAGUCUAGCAGAGUGAGCUGCUGACUUUCGUGCAAAACAAAGGACCUUUUUUUUCCAUAUGUAUGAAUGAAAACAUUCCCUCUAGAGACAUUAUUUCAAAGGCUUGUAGGAACCUGGGAAGCAGAGUAAAAUAUAAGCUUGUAUAAUUUUUCUUAUUUUCUGUUUGCUACCACCACUUCUUUAUUUUUAAGCUUGGCCGCCCAUUUUUGUUUCCCUUAACCUAUAAUAAUUUUUAACUGUACACAUCUUUCAUAUCCCUCAGUGUCUGUCUCUCUAUUCUCUCUGCUUAAUUUCUUCCCUGGCAGUUCUUUCAGUGACUACAUGCAAACAUUGGCAAAAUAAUCUUGUGGAUAUUCUGCAAGUUACGGUUUCAAAUGACUAGAACUGCAUUCAGAUUCUGAGUUAAAAAAAAAGAUUUUAAAAAAUGUGUUAGUUGAUUGCACGAACUUCAGGAUAGAUUCCUGCGCAAAUACUGCCCUCUUCCUUUGUUUUGAACUAUGCAUUGGAGUGAUGCUAAUUUUUAGUCUGCUAAACUGGAAGCUUAGCAAAUGUGGGCCAAACCUUCCCCCUUCAGGAAAAAUAAUACUGUUACUUAAACUCUGCUGACUGUUCUUCUCCCCCAUUUGUACAGACAAAAAGAUAGUGUGAAUGGAAUGGCAGUGGGAGGGGAUUUUGCUGGCUUUUAUUUUCAACUUUUUAUUUUAGUAAUGUGCUUACAUGGUUUAUUCAAUAGUAGGGGGAAAGAACUACUAUGUUGAAAGCUUUUGGGGAAAUUUGACAGUAUUUUUGUACAUUUUUUUUCUGAGAACAGACUUGUUAAUUUAUUUUAAGUUGCCAGUGUCCAUAAAAAAGUUAAAGGCUUUAACUUUUUCCUAGGUAUAGUUCCCACUUCUUUUUCCUAAACUUAUUUUUCUUGCCUUCCCCUUCAAUUGCCCCCUCCAAAUAUUUAGUACAUAUGACCCUUUUUAACUUGUUGAGCUGUUGGGUUGUGUGAACAUUCUGAAUGUGUGAACAUUCUGAAAGAGUAUUUACUUGACACCAUUGUGUGCUAUAUGUCAUGAUCAGUGCAGAAGGUAAAAGGAUUUAAAUCUAAUUAUGACAUCACAAUCUCAUAAGUAACAUUGUAACAUGCCUGUGUGAUUUUAUCAAAAGUGGAAUUUGCCAAGAGGCAACAACUUGUGAUUUUGCCAACUUACUUGCUAUAAAUGUAGUUGUCCAGAAUUAUGAUGCAUAAAGUAUUUAUUCUAUUUAUCUAUUAAACUUUAAUUUUAUAAAUACUCUCACAA